CGCUGCGGUACUUUCGCAUGGUGUCGGAGGACUCAACCUCGUGUCGGUCGCCAUCCCAGUCGACGGUCAAGAAGCGCAAACCCACGUAUCUCGUGCGCAAAUUGCGUCACAUCCCCGUGCUUUAUAUCGCCCUCCCUUGCUCACGUACCUCUUGAGUCACAGGAAGAGGAGCAGGCUUUGAAGGACGAAAUUCUGGAGUUGCAAGCCCAAGUUGCCGUGCUCAAGACCAAAGGGGUGUCCACCGGUGCAGCCAUCGCAGCAGACCCGUCACAACAGCAGUCGACAGCCAAGUGGAAAGUGCUGUCCAAUACGAUCAAGAGCCAGCAGCUGGGUGUCGCUGCAGCGCAGUCUUUGGCAAUGGAGUGCACGGGACAACAGCCUCAGUACUCUUUACCAUUGGCUGCGGAUUGUACUGACGGUGUUUUGAUGGGCAGAGGACGCAAUACUUGCACCCUUUGCACUCGCGUAUCCGACUCGGGAAGAACUGGGGCGAGCGAAGAGCGACACUCAUGGCCAUGCGAGAGAGUAAGCUGAAAGGGGCGUACGACUACGUCAUGGCACGCAGUCGCUUUGCUACGGAUAGUCAGGACUCUAACGAGCAGUAUGAGACCGACGAAGGCGACAUUUGCUUCGUGGGGAACACAGUGGUGAAGUUCCCAGGCGUCCAGUCAUUGGAGCAGGUCUUUGAAGCGCUGUGCUUUUACUUGACCAAUAUGGAGAUCAGCAUCUCGGAGACAUUGGGUCAUAAUACGGUAAGAGAAGACUACGACAUGGUCGAGGGGUCAGCGUACAACGCACGAAUCGUGUCCAGUGAUAGCAACGGCAUCUCCACCGAGUCGAAUACAAUUGUGCUCAUGCAGCUGAUCAGAGAGGACGAUCUUCGCUUUGGGGGCGAACCAUGUGUCGUUGUAGCCUCCGACUGCGUCGACGAGGACGAGCUCACUGAAAUGGUCGUCACCAUGCGACGCACAGGUUAUCUGAAGCUGCAUCGUCCUGCGUUUCCUGUACCUCCGUUGGCACAGCAAGAGCUUGAAGCCGGGAUCGCCGACUGGGGGACGGUGAUGGUUAAGGCCAUGCGUGAAAUUUUGUACGCUCGGGCGUAA